AGACAGUCUUCAUGGUGUGGUCUUAUAAGUUGAAGUCUAGCAUCAAGAAAUAAUUAAACAAGGAGGAGGAGGUGGAGCUAAAGUAGAUACGAUUCCGGGCCAAAGACCCGUUUCAUAUUUUGAAAUGCUGGUCGGCAAACAAGGCUCAGAUCGAGGUUGUCAAUAACUACAUGUCUACAAGCGUUGACGCUGGGUCCUCACACGUUUAGCCUGUGCCGUGUUAUGUUGCUGACUCACGUCAAACGAGGACGGAGAGCAGCUGCCCGAUUGCCCGAUUACAGGACGCAAGAAUAGUGCUGGAGGUUGUCCACGGAACAUUCUGCCACACAGAGAAUUUGUUUUUCAACAGGAUUCAGUAUACUGCAAGACUACCGGCGACAUUCUGCUUACAACAGAAGAACUACAAGGAAAACCACCAGCGACAUUGCGACUUUUGGAACGACAAACGACGCAGCGAAACCAGACAAGAUUCUUUGUGGAAUCUUCCAUCGAGGAGAAGUUGAAGUUAUUUUAGAACGUCGCGAUAAGCCGGUGUUGUAGAAGAACCACCUUGGCCUCUUCUGUUAGCAAAAUGCCCUCGAAAAAGGGGAAAAACAAGGCAGCAGCAGCAGGAGCAGCCCCGACUCCGGCGCUACCUCAGCUUCCACAGCAUAUAGAAGAAAUUGAACCGGGCAUAGCGAUUGAGGAUGAUAUGGACCCAUCAAAAUUUCCAACGGCACCAAGCAUAGGGCUCUCGGUAUUUUUCAUAUAACUUCGAAUGCCAAAGAACAAGUGCUCGAGAUCACAUAGUUUCUUGUAGUUGCGAAGUUGUCUUUCAUUAGGAGAUCGAAAUACUUGAAAUGACUAUGAUGUAUGAUGGCAACCUAUUUUCAACCCUCGUUCAGGUGGUCGGAUUUUGCGGAGUAGAUGACUCAGUAUGCAUACAAACAGUAUGCGAGCUGUCACAAGAGUACAGUUUCAUAGAAUGGGGGGUGUUGCUGCACCCAGAGAGGCAAGGCAAGCCACGGUAUGCCUCCAUACAGUGGCUCCACAGGUUACGAGAUGAGGUGGAGAGACGGCAGCAGAAAGCACUCUGCAUUAAAUCGAAGGACCAAGUAGCGACACGGGGGAGCAACAUGGGUAUACAAUCACUUAGAUGAUUACCUCUACGGACGUGAUGUAUUGAUCGUGAGCAUCAAUGUGAGAGGUUGUAAAUACUAGGAAGCUCUUUUAUCCAAAAGCUGCUGUUGUCUCUCUUGAAGAUCGUUAAAUUUGUUGAUUCAUUUUCAGCUGGGCCAUGGUCGUCAUCGCUCGGGAAGAAUAAGAGCACGAGCUACAGCAUUAGGCUAGCCGCGCAUCUAGGAGGCGAUUACUGCCUGCAGGCACUGAGAGGUGAAGGAGGUUUCAUCAAGAACACUCUUGUAGAGCAGCUUGGUUUUACGAGAAUACAGCUGAACCCAACGAAGCCAAACGGUGUCUCAGAGACGAGCUUACGAAAAUAUCUUGAGAGUUUUCGGCAACUCGCAGUCUCGAUGCCAGACAUACAAUUUAUAUUGCAGGUACUUUUAGCUUUACGGGACAAUUACAAUUUGCAUUCUAUUUUCAGAUGAACUGGAACUACUGUGGACGAGACGGAACAAUAGUAAGCAUACUGUACUAGUCUUUACUACUACUAGUAUUUGAGUCUCCGUUGGUUGUUGUUGUCGGAGAAAUGCGCGAAUUGCCAACUUCUUUGCUCUCUAAAUUCUAUCCACUCACACAUCACCUUGUAGGUAAAUCGACAAACAAAGGACCUCGCUUUUCCGCUAAUGGACGACCCUUUGCCAAAUUUGGCGUUCCUCUACGACAGCUCCAUGGGCUGUGGCAGAACGCCGUACUUAUCCUUUCAUUCCUCAGUUCUUUCUAGCAGGAAGUGGAAUAAUCUAAAGAAUUUUCUUUCUCGAUGAAGAAAAGUCUGGUUCAUUCUUGUUGAUGUGCCAUAAUGAGGGCUUCUUGUUUGUGAAAAAUGCUAAAAUUCAAUCUUGCUCAGGUCCCGAAGGCCAGUGCCAAUCGGGCAUCCCGGCGUUCACAUUGGUUAUGCUGGUGGACUCGGGCCGCAUAAUCUUAGAGACGAGCUCCGCAAAAUCACAACUGCUGUGAUGAAUUCGCAACAAAGGGGUGCUGGCUGUGAGUUCAUCAACGCGCUAGCGAAUGGCAUGGAUCUACCUCAGAUGGAGCCGCAGGAGAGGACAAUCUGGAUUGACAUGGAGUCCAGUCUUCGGAGAGUUGAUCCAGAGGCAAAAACCGACGUCUUUGACAUUGACCAAUGUAACAGAGUCAUCGGCCAGCUCUGCGAUCUCGGGGUUCUACCUGCGGACGAGUAAGCUCGGAUUGCUUGCAGAGUUGAGGUAAGUCAAAUCUACAGCUUCUCAAUUCCACUGUUGCUCCAGCUUUUUACGUUGCUACUACUCUGAAAUUUUUUCCCGUGUUGCCCUUCAACUUUUCGCCAAAGAAGUUCUUGUUACACCUACGCCACAAAGUUGUUUUAAGUUGAAAAGAAAGAUCUAAAUUAAAGAUAAAUAGCCUCCA